ACCGUCUCGCGUUUGGAAAGGUUCUCGCGAGAUGACAAACCGAUUUAGAAGAAAGGAGGAAGAGGAACGUGUUGUUUGUUUAGGUUUUUGGACACAAAAUGGGGACUCUUUCCUCCUUCGUCUGUGUUUUGGGACUGUUUGUCCUGCUGGCGUGCGCAUCAGCGUCUUCGGAUGUGUUCAAUAGCGUUUUGGGAAACACGGCAUCUUGUCACAAGUCAUGUGAAAUGACAUACAGUUUGCAUACGUAUCCACGGGAGGGGGAGCUCUAUGCCUGCCAGAGAGGCUGCCGUCUGUUUUCUAUUUGUCAGUUUGUUCGUGACAGCGAAGAUCUGAAUCAGACCAGAUCCGAGUGUGAAUCAACAUGUGAUGAAGCCUAUCCGGAAUCCGAGGAGCAGUAUGCAUGCAACCUGGGCUGUCAGAAUCAGCUUCCAUUUGCUGAACAACGGCAUGAGCAGUUGGAAUCCAUGAUGCCGAGGAUUCACUUGCUUUAUCCCCUGACUCUGGUUAGAGGAUUUUGGGAUGAUAUGAUGAGUCAAGCUCACAGCUUCAUCACCUCAACAUGGACAUUCUACCUCCAGGCUGAUGAUGGCAAAGUUGUAAUUUUCCAGACUGGACCACAAGUCAGGUUGUUCUCCCAGUUUGAACUGGAAAACGAAGUCAAAGAAGAGCCACAAAACAGCUUCCCCGGAUUUAACAAGCCAAUUUACAAAGAAUACCAUCGAACUUUAAUCCAGGAGAGGGACAGAGAUAUGACCGCUGACCGCACCUAUAAUGAUGAAUACAACGUCUUCGGCUGCCUCUUGAGGAAUACAUGGCUUCCAGGUUGGAUCCUAACCACAACUCUGAUCCUGUCUGUUCUGGUCCUCAUCUGGAUCUGCUGUGCCACUGUGGAAACUGCUGUAGACCAGUAUGUACCCACUGAGAAAUUGAGCAUCUAUGGUGACAUGGACUACAUUAAGGAACAGAAACUGACUCCAUAUCCAGCAUCAUCCCUGCUGAUCAUCACCUCUAAAGGCUCAGAGGAAGAAGCAGGGCCACUCCCUACCAAAGUGAACCUGGGCCAGUCUGACAUCUAGAAGCCAAAGCUGUAGCAGAGAAAGGAUAUCUUCCUUAAUGAAUGACCUUAAUUUGAUUUUUUUUUUUUAAUCAUCUGGUACAAGGUCUGUGCUUCUUGUGGUCUAAACAGGAGUAACAACUUGCAGAGCAUUUUGUAUUACUGAUACUCUAUGUUGUUUCCCUUUGUGAAGCUUUUAAAAUCAAACUAAGAAAAUGGGGUUUUCUGUAUAUUGGUAUAAUUGAGGCAUUAUGGUGAAGUGGUGAUGGUACAUGUCAAACAGAUUUUUGAAGUUUCUUUCAGUUUUGACCCAUGGAUUAGCUUUCUGUUGGUGUGCUUUAUUUUAUUAAAUACUGUUUAAAUGAACUAUUUGUGACUUGAAGUGAUACGGGGUUCACCCUAACCCUCAACCUUUGGUACAAUUGUGCUAAUAUUGGAGACUCCCUGUUUGUACUUUCCAUAUGAUACUGACUUUUACAAAAACCCAUUUUCUCUUAAAAUAAUGGUGGUACAUACAGUAGCUCUUUCCAACUUACUGUUGCCUGUUCUCAUAAUGAUGGAUCAGAAUUAAAUACAAUGGAGUGAUAUUGAUGACUUGUUUUUUGU